AUGGGUGAGGGCACACGAAGCUUUGCAGGAGGUUGGGGAACUGAAGGCAUCCAUAAAUCAGAAUUAUGUCACGUUAAAACGCUAUCUAGUUUAAGAAAAAUGCUUUUCCACCUCUGUGCUUUAGCUCUUCUUCUGACAAUCACCACGGCAAGCCUACUUGCCAGUCUUAUCGAACCGUCAGUAUCCCAUGUACGUCGUCAAGCUGCGCCACUCUGCUCGCAGUACGCAUACCAUGCAGCCAACGGCUAUGAGUUCAACAACAACGACUGGGGAAGAGGCUCAGCUACGUCUGGCAGUCAGUGCACCACUGUCGAUAGUACCUCCAGCUCUGGUGUCAAGUGGCCCACUACCUGGAACUGGCAAGGAGGCCAGAACAAUUUGAAAAGUUACGCCAACGUUGGCAAACAGUUUUCUAAAGGGCUCAUAGUUGGGAACAUCAAGAGUAUGCUUCCUAGAAUCCAGUGGGACUACCAGCCACGAGAUGGCGUACGUGCCAAUGUUGCCUAG